AGCUAGUCUAGAGAUGCGGUACGUAACGAUAGCAACUAUCGCUUAUUCGCGCACAGCUGACAACCCUGGUCGAGAACGUUCACAUUGACUAGUUUGCAUGAAGGUGCCCACAAUUUCUUGGAUAUUUUGAAAUUCCGGACAUCUGUUGCUGCGGGGAUCACAGAUCACAGGAAAUGGAAAGAUUGGACGGCACCAGCAUGGAGAAGAGCUGCAGGGUCUGUGCCGGCCACUCGACAAUCCUGGUGGACCCCUUCUCCUCGGAGAUAUCCGAUCCGCCGAUUUCUGAAAUGCUCAACUCGAUUCUGGCCGAGAACUGCCGCGUCGAUCGGGAUGCCCUGCCCCAGAAAAUCUGUCCAACCUGCCUGGUGGCCGCACAGCAAGCGUUCCACUUCAAGCACAAGUGUGAGAGAAGCUAUCGUUACUUUUCCAACCUUGUCACGGCGGCCACAUGCGACGCAGUGAUUCUGAGUAAGAGGCGAGGCAGAAGUGCUGCAAAGGAACCGGUCAUUGCCUUCGAGAUGGUGGGCUGUGAGGAUCCGCUGGACACCACAGAGCUGCCGAAAAGCGAAGGGGAAGAAGAUGGAGUUGUUGUGAAAGAUGAUAUCGAUUCCGAACCGGCGGAGAGCCUAUCCAACGAGAGGAAGAUUAUUCCAGAGGUGCAAGUAGCUCUUGAAUUGGCUGUGAAUGAUGACAUAAAAAUAGAAAAGGACCAGAUGUCAAAUGGGGCUUCUAUCGACGGUGUGGAUGAUCACGACAAAGAAGAGGACGCGGAGGACUGUGAUAAGGAUGACGACGAGGAUGAAGUCGAUGGAGAUGAGUGGUCCGACGGCUGGUCCGAAGACCAAGAUGAGCCCAAGACGCCUCGCAACUCAAAAACCAAGUCGCGAGCUGUAGAAAAGGAUCUAUCGCUGUUGUGCACCGAGUGUGGAUUAACCUGCAAGUCGCACAAGUUGCUGACCAGGCACAUUGCUCGCCACAAGGAGAAUGAGGAUCCGCAGCGACCGCAUUUGUGCGACACCUGUGGCCGGGGCUUUAGGACAAGGGCACAGCUCACAAUCCACACGCGAAUGCACACGGGAGAGCGACCCUUUAAGUGUACCAUCUGCCCAAAGGCGUACACGCACGGUCCGACGCUAAGGAUGCACAUGCUGACCCAUGAGACAAAGGCCCACAAGUGCUUGGAUUGCGAGAAGUCCUUUUACAGCAUCUCCAACCUGAGGGCCCACCAGCGAUGGCAUUCGGGCGACCGACCUUACCAGUGUCCCGACUGCCCACAAACCUUCACCAAGAACUCGGGAUUGAAGCUGCACCAGCGCCUGCACACGGGUGAGCGUCCGUACAAGUGCCACCUGUGCGAUCAGGGGUUCGUCCAGAACCAUCAUCUCGUCACCCACCUGCGCGUCCACAACGAGGAUCGGCAGUUCAAGUGCCCUGACUGCGACAAGUCCUUCUUUGAGAAGUCCAACAUGAAGAAGCAUCAACGCACCCAUUCGGGCGUGAAGCCGUUCCAGUGUGAGGAGUGCGGCCGUGGCUUCUCGCACAAUCAUCACCUGAAGAACCACCUCCGCGUGCACACCGGCGAGAAGCCCUACAAGUGCGAGAGAUGCGACAAACGCUUCUGCGCAAAUCAGUCGUUGGCGAAGCACAUACUCUGGCACGCGGAGAACCAGGAUCGCGCCUACAAUUGCUCCAAAUGUCACAAGGGCUUUGACAAACUGCAGGCUUUGCGAGCCCACGAGAAGAAGCACAGGAGGCAGGACGAACCGAAUCAGCUGUACCAGUGUCCGCAUUGCGACGUCAAAUUCGCCCUGAAGAAGACCUUGGACAAACACAUUGGCACUCAUAAAAUUAGGCCAUAUCCUUGUUCACAAUGCCUGGAGGGUUUCUUUUCCCAAAAGAGCUACCAGAAGCACCUGCGGCUGCAUAAUCUCCAGAAAUAGUAGCUCAUUUUUAUGAAUCAUUCGAGCAAUAUCAUGUCAUUGUUACCUAUGUGCAAAGGAUUGCUUUGAAAGCAGGUGUAUAUUUUAAGAGUAAAUAAUAACUA